AAACUAUCCAUUUUUAUUUGUGAAGUAGGAAUAGUGGCGAAAUAUGUCUAUAUGCGCAUCAGAAAACUAUUAUAAUCGGUCAAGAAGUUAUUAUUUAAUAUUUAAUUCGAGAAAAAAGAAAUCAAAUAGUUUCGGUUGAAGUAAACAAACAUAUAUAGGCCUAUAUAUAUAUAUAUAUAACACGUGGCUAGAAACACCCUUUUCUAAUCUGGUUGUGAGGCUAAUAAAUAUUGGAGAGUGCUGACAGUCACGAUAAGCUCUUACGUGUCAACACUCCCCACAUUCUGGUAUUUUGAACUACAAACGUCGAUCUUCUAAGAAUUUCUUUCUUAUUCCUGCUCUGGAAUUCUUCAGAAAAAUUCGGUACAAUAUGUAUAUUUUAAUAAAAAUCUUAUGCCUGUCGACAUUUAUACCAUUCACAUUGGCAGUAUGUGGUUAUGAGUCAUGUCCCGUCCCUAAGCCCAAUAUGUUGAAUGUCCAUGUAAUAUGCCAUACACACGAUGAUGUCGGAUGGGUUAGGACAGUGGAAGAAUAUUACCAAACAUUCGUUAAACAUAUAUUAAAUUCGGUGAUACGUCAUUUACUCGUUAACGAAACAAGAAAAUUCAUUUAUGUGGAAUCGGCAUUUUUGUAUCGAUGGUGGAACGAACAAUCUGAACUUUCCAAAUAUCUCAUUAGAAAAUUAAUCGAUGACGGUCAACUCGAGAUAAUAAGUGGAGGAUGGAGUAUGAAUGAUGAAGCUACAACUCAUUAUUUAGCCAUCAUCGAUCAGAUGACUUUAGGAAUGAGAUGGAUCAACGAAACAUUCGGAAAAUGUGCCACUCCCAAAAUUGGUUGGCAAAUUGAUCCAUUUGGCCAUUCUAGAGAACAAGCAUCUAUAUUUGCACAGAUGAAAUUUGAUGGAUUGUUCUUGGGAAGAAUAGAUUAUCAGGAUAAGAUCUUCAGGCAACAGAAUAGAAGACUUGAAUUUUUAUGGAAUACUAAUCCUGGUUACAAUUUAGACACUAAACUCUUCACUGGAAUUCUUCCGAAUGUAUAUUGGCCACCUCAAGGAUUCUGUUUCGAUGAUUUGUGUGGAGAACCAGAAAUAACGAGUUUUAACAUUAAUCGCAAAGCCAGGCAACUUAUGGAUGUUAUAAGAUACCAAGCGAAUUAUUAUCGCACAAAUCAUACUGUUUUAACAAUGGGAAUGGAUUUUCAUUAUCGGGAUGCGGAUCGUUGGUUUAGGAAUUUAGACAAGCUUAUGGCAUUCAUAAACAAUUUGCAAGAAUCUGGUAGCAACAUUAACAUUUUUUAUUCGACUCCUUCUUGUUAUUUACAUUCUUUAAAUCAAGCAAAUUUAACUUGGCCUACUUUUACUGAAGAUUUUUUUCCAUAUGCCAGCGAUCCAGAUGCAUAUUGGACAGGUUAUUAUAGUAGUAAGCCAGCUAUUAAGAGAUUUACACGUUAUUCAAAUGGAUUUCUUCAGGCUUGCAAACAAAUAAUUACUCUUUCCAAUAUAACUGAGGAUUACAGUUAUAAUCUACUGACUUGUAUAACAUGNACGUCUAGAAGUUUGACAAUGUUUUUUCUAGUAGUGUAUAAUCCUUUAUCUAUAAAUAUUACCGAAUAUAUACGCCUUCCAGUCGUAGCAGAAAAUUAUUUGGUUAUCGAUGGGCAUAAUAAUGAGGUUCCCAUUCAGAUUUCUCCAAUUCCUAAUCAAAUACAAUUAUUACCCGAAAGAUUAAGCUGGGCAGAUAGAGAACUUAUAUUUCCUGUUAAUGUUCCUCCUUUAGGUAUUUCAGUAUAUGAAGUAUUGCAGCGAGGUGGAUUAUCCGACGAUCUCAAUCAGGAAACGAAUGCUGGUGAUGUAACAAUUGGAAAUGAAAAUUUGAAAGUAGUUAUAGAAAGUCGAACAGGUUUGAUAAAAGAAAUGAUCCUGGGAGAUCUUCGUGUUCCUUUAAGACAAUCUUUCUACUGGUACGAAGCUCAACCAGGAUUUCGUCACGAAAGACCUUCUGGUGCUUACGCAUUCAAUCCUAGAUUCGAUUAUGCAUUUUCUUUACACGAAAAUGUCACUUUUAGGGUCAAUAAGGGUCCUUUGGUGGAAGAAGUGCAUCAAACUUUCACUCCUUGGUUAUCACAGACAAUUAGAGUAUAUAAGGGAGAACAUCAUAUAGAGUUCGACUGGCUAGUCGGUCCUAUACCUAUAGAAGACAGAAUUGGCAAGGAAAUCAUUACAACUUACGAAACAUCUCUGUCUACUCAAGGCACUUUCUAUACAGACAGCAAUGCCAGACAGACUAUAAAGAGAAAGAGAGAUUUUCGUUCUGCAUUCCCUCUAAAUCUGACAGAAAAAAUUUCCAGUAAUUAUUAUCCAAUUAACUCGUGGGUUCACAUCAAGGACGAAGAUAGAAAAUUACAAAUGACUAUAAUACCCGAUCGUGCCGAAGGUGCUAGCAGCAUUUUUGAUGGCUCCAUCGAAAUAAUGUUACAUCGUCGCUUAUUGUUCGAUGAUGGAUUUGGAGUUGAAGAACCUCUAAACGAGUUUGGAAUUGAUGGAAAAGGUUUGAUUGUUAGAGGUAAACAUUGGCUACUGUUGAGACCUACUGGAGAUUCUCUGUAUCGUCAAUUGUCCCAAAGGAUGUUUCUUCCUCCUGUUUUAUCCUUUACUUUCGGAAAUUUAACAGAUUUGGAUAUUUUAGAUCAGUUCUCAGGUUUAAGAGAUAGAUUACCAGAAAAUAUUCAUUUAUUAACCUUGGAAUCGCUUGGAACGAAUAUUCUACUUCGAUUGGAGCAUUUCUAUGGUUUUGGUGAACAUCCUACAUUUUCAGAACCGGCAAAUGUAUCAUUGGCAGAACUAUUCAGCCCAUUUUCUAUAGUGAAUGCUAGAGAAAUGGCACUCGGAGCUAAUAUUUUCUUAGACGAAGCAGAAAAUCUAUCAUGGAAUGAUCAAGCUCGAUCCACAGAUGAAAGUGAAGAAGUGAAAAACCUGACAAUAUCAUUUCAACCCAUGCAGAUCAGAACAUUUUUACUCUCGAUUCAAACUUAAGACAAUGAAAUCCCCAAAUUCGACCAUUUAUAUAUAUAUAUAUAUAUAUGAUCUGUUAAAAAUGAUUUCAGAGUUUAUAUUUAAGUACAAAUAAAGCAUCUCUGUUAUCUAAAAAAUUGUCUCGAUAGCGUAAUUGUGGUUAACGAAUGAGAAUUAAGUAUUUCCGUAAGGCAUUUCUUCACAAAUCGUUCAUUAAAAAUGGUUAUAACACGCGUUUAAUAUUCAAAAAAAACCGGCGAUCUUUACAUAAAAAUCGCGGAAAUUUUCCUCUAACAAAUCAUCUUA